AUGGAGAAAGGAGGCCGGAUAAGAUCAGCAAACUGUACUGCCAGACAAAGACUUGCUAUUAUCAUACCAUUCCGCAACAGACAUCCACAUUUAAAUAUUCUUCUAAGAAACUUGAUUCCAUUUCUUCGAAAACAGAUGGCUGAUGCGACCAUUUUUAUUAUAGAGCAGGCACCUCCAACAACAUUCAACAGAGGAGCAUUGUUAAACAUUGGCUUCUUAGAGGCACUCAAGACAGCGGACUUCGAUUGUUUUCUGCUUCACGAUGUGGACCUUGUUCCUUUGAAUGACAGAAACUUUUACCGAUGUGGAGACAAUCCUCGCCAUUAUGCCGCGGCCAUCAAUAAGAAUCGAUUCAGAUUACGGUAUGAACACUAUGUUGGUGGAGUCGUAGGUUUCUCCAAAGAGCAAUACAUUAAAGUCAAUGGCCACUCCAAUCUUUACUUUGGUUGGGGCGGUGAGGAUGAUGACCUUGCUUGGAGAAUACUAAAUAAGACCUAUAAAAUAGAUCGAUACGACAACAUGACCAGCCGAUAUUUAAUGAUUAAACAUGAAAGGGACAAAGGAAAUAGCAAGAAUACGGAAAGGAGAAACAUUAUGAAAAGCUCAUCGCGACGACAAGAUGUGGAAGGUCUCAACAGUGUCAAAUAUAAAGUCAACAGUGUAGAGCUCUGUCAUCUCUACACAUGGAUUAAUGUUUCACUGAAUAUGACGGAGAUUUUGGACGCUGCCCCAGAGUAUACAAAAAAGGACAUGUGGAGAUUGCUUCGAGAGGUUCAUAACGGACGUAUACAACGAUGA